CAUUUAGAAACAUCACAAAAAAUUACACAAAUGGUGAAAGAAAUUAAAUUUGAACAUAUGUGUGGACUUAGAAAUUCAAGCGAAGGAGCAGAAAAUGUUAAAAUUCAAGCUUAUAAAAAAUUGAAAUUUACAGACUUUCAACUUGUCAAUAAUUACAAUCCAAAAAUUAAAUUUUCUGUAUUAAUUGACGAAAAUGAAGACAAAUAUAUUAAUUUGCAAGGUACUCGUCUGCCGUAUUUUGACGCUGUAAUUAAGAGAAUUGAUUAA